UCUAGGUUUGUCUAUGAAGUUUCGGUGUGUUCCCACAUGUCAAGCCUAGAAGCAGCUUUUACAACCCCAUUUUUGUGACUGACUUCAGCUUUUGCAACAUGGCAGUUGGCGAUGGGGCUCUCUUCUUGUGGGCUCUCAUUCCAGUUCUCCUCUUCUUUUAGUUCCUUGACUUUUCUUACAUCCUCAGGCUCGAGAUCCUAAAAGUCACCUCUUAGAGACUAUGAUGAGAUACUCGGGCACCUCUUAGCUCUCAAGCAGUACCAUCCCUACAACAACAUGGAUGGCAUCAACCGUAUGAUUGUUGUGUUUGAUCUGUUGUUCAUUGCCAUACCAUGGCAAUACUACGUUAACGGUAUAUAGGCGUUCUCGUACUCCGAAGUCGAGUGUCCAGUCGACUCAUCGUAAGAAAGACGCAAUGGGGAUUUGUCUGUAACAACGUACAAACUGCCGUGCUCAACUUCAUUUUGUCAUAUGGUACACCAAGAGAGCGUGCAGGAUCUUUGAAGUCUGGUAGAUUUGCGAUUGGAUUUUUGAGAAGACUUCCUCUACAGAGAAGCUUCAUUCGUGGAGGCACGUCUCGAUGCACAUGAAGCCUCAGUCCCAAGCUUAUUCCCCCGGCUAUAUGAAGGCCAAAGCAAUUUGGAAUUUCACAAUCUGGUUUUUCUGGCUAUUGAAGUUGCUCAUCAUGGGUGCUGUAGAGGCACUUGCGGACUUUUACCGGCGGCUCAAGCUUCUAGUGCUCACGCUUACGCCUGGUCAAGAGCUCGAAUUGGAGAGCGACCGCGCGGGGCGAGCCGCCGAGCUGCGCGUUUCCUCUUUGUUUGAAGGGAUACAAGGCGUUCAUGUAUUCACGUCAUUGCGAAUUCAUGAUACAAACCAGGGCCGAGGAAAACGGGAGAUAGACCUGGUUCUUGUAACGAAGAAAGAAUUAUUUGUUGUGGAGGUGAAGAACUGGUCAGGUAAGGUCGAGUUGCUGCCUGAUGGUAGCUGGUUGCAGAUUCGUCGAAAUGGUACAUCUCAAAGGCACUCUAAUGUAGUGGAUGGCACAAGAUACCGCGCUCAGUUGUUGACGAGCUACCUUAAAAGAAAAGGAGUGAACUUGCCUCUCGGCUUUGUACAGCCCAAAGUAUUUCUAGUCAAUUUUGAUUGCAAACCAGAUCUGGCCAUUUCGAUGCAACCAGAAGUUUUGUCAGCUGACCAAUGGCAACACUUCAUAGAGCAUGAUCGGGUAGGGACUCCGUCUGGAUGGAUGAGUAGUCUUUUCAGUAGCCAGCAGUCAGCUCCCCUCCUCGCAGAAGCCACUGAGAAACAGCUACUAUAUGUCCUUAAUACAGCACCUACUUGGGACAGGUUGGAACUUUAUGGAGGUAAAGUUGUGGUCGGGGAUUUUCACACGUUCCAAGGUCAAGAAGAGGAAAGGCGUGCUUUGGAGUUUGCUAAGCGGCAAACUGUGAAGCAGUUGACAAUGACACAUAGACGAGGUUGGGUCGGUCACACGCUUGGAUUUUUGGUUGGUCGUUCACCUAAAGUCUCCAUUAAUGUGACUGUUCGUGAUCACCAAGACGCCAACCCCACCAGGUCCAGAAAUAGGCGAGAUUCAGGGUUUCCUCUUCAUCUUGAAGUGCGACCAGAUAUGGAGGUCGUCUUUCAACCAGUAGCUAACCCACAAGCUGUACAUUACAAUUUGAACGAUGUUCUCUCGUUAACUCUCAGUCCUUAGCGGUUACUUGAACUUUUGUCAAGUUAUUCAGCAGAGAGGCAUUUUUUUCAGUUCUAUUCAUAUAUCAUAGUGAAGCAAGACACACAAUAUGAACUUUUGGAUUUUGUUUGACACAUGCCUCGACCAUCUCUUUGUUUGGUCUACCUGAUCACUUGCGCUGGUGAAACUUGUGAAGUUUUUGAUACCACUUUGUUUUUGUAUAGAAAUUUAUUGAAAUGAUAAGAUCAAUAGUGACAGUUGCCAAACGGCCAUGGUGUAA